AUGGGCAAUACGCAGGAGCGGCCGUCGGAGACGAUAGAUCGCGAGCGGAAACGCCUGGUGGAGACCCUGCAGGCCGACUGCGGGUUGCUGCUGGACGCACUGCUGACUCGAGGCGUGCUCACAGGGGCGGAGUAUGAGGCGUUGGACGCGCUGCCUGAUGCAGAGCGCAGGGUGCGCCGGCUGCUGCUACUAGUACAGAGCAAGGGCGAAGGAGCCUGCCACGAGCUGCUGCGCUGUGCCCAGCUUACCGCGCGCGCACCUGACCCCACUUGGGACUGGCAGCAUGUGGGCCCCGGCUACCGGGACCGCAGCUACGACCCUCCGUGUCCAGGCCACUGGACGCCUGAGACACCCGGCUCCGGAACUGCUUGCCCCGGACUACCCCGAACGUCUGAGUGGGAUGAGGCUGGGGGUCCUGCAGGCUCCGAAGCAGUGCAGUCAGGGACCCCAGAGGAGCCCGAACCGGAGCUGGAAGCUGAGGCCUCUGAGGCAACUGAGCCAGAGCCAGAACCCCAAAUGGAUCCAGAACCCGAACCAGAGGCAGAACCAGAAUUUGAACUGGAGCCCGAGCCUGAGCCGGAGGCUGACUACGAGGCAGUAGAUGAGCCUGAAGGUGUGAGGCUCCCCUCACCUGGUGUCUGGCUGGCAAUUCUUGAAGACCAGUAUGCUGACCAGCGGCUUCCCGCCCAAACUGGAAGGGACCUGGGAUCCUGUGUGGGCUGA